AUGGAGUAUGUGAAUAAGACUAUGAACGUAGAUGAUGAAGUUGUUUCUGAAACUCCUCAUGAAAUGUCUGGAAGUGUUGAGACAAUUAGGAGAGAAACAUUAUAUGUUUGGAAGUCUUUUACAAAAAUUGGUAUGGACAAGGAUGGUUUUGAAAAAUCUACAUGUAAUUGUUGUGGUCGUGAAUACGUAAUUGGUAAAAAUCCUAAGACCAAGACUAAUUAUGGAACUUCACAUUUGAGUCGUCAUAUUUCUGUUUGUAAGAGUAUGGAAAACUCUGAAUCAAAAGACCAACAUGAAAAGUCUAGCUUGAGAAAGGUUAAUCAAAUGACCCAUCGAGAAUUGCUUGCACAAGCCAUAAUUAAACAUGAUCUUGCUUUUAGUUUUGUUGAAUAUGAUUUGAUCAGAGUGUGGAUUGAUUAUGUGAAUCCUGAUAUUGUGAUGCCCUCUAGGAAUACAAUUGUGCCUGAUAUUAAAAAAAUAUGCAUCCAAGAAAAGGACAAACUUAAGAAACUCUUGUCCAGCCUUCCUAAUAGAAUUCUUAAUUUUUCUCGACUGAAACCUCCACACACUGAGAUUGAAUUGGAAGCCGCUAUAUUUGAUUGCUUAAAGCAAUGGGGAAUUGAGAAGAAAGUAUUUUCUAUUACUUUGGACAAUGCUGCUGUAAAUGAUAACAUGCAGCUUAUAUUGUUAAACCAUCUCCUUUUGCAGAAUACUUUGUUGUGUGAUGGUGAAUAUUUUCAUAUACGUUGCUCUGCACAUAUACUUAAUUUAAUUGUUCAAGAAGGUUUGAAAGUGGCUGCUGAAGCACUUUAUAAAAUCAGAGAAAGUGUUAAGUAUGUGAGAGGAUCAGAUGGGAGGAUGAUUAAGUUUCAAGAUUGUGUGGAACAUGCAGGCAUAGACACAAGCAUUGGUUUGAGAUUAGAUGUGUCAACUAGGUGGAAUUCUACAUAUUUGAUGCUAGAAAGUGCACUUAAGUAUGAAAAGGCAUGUGAUAUUAUCCAAGUGAUAGAUAGGAAUUACAAAUAUUGUUCAUCUUAUCCAACCUCUAACUUAUACUUUGUACAAGUUUGGAAGAUCGAGUGCAUACUGAACGAAAACUUGUAUAAUGAUGAUUAUACUUUAAGUGAUAUGUCACUGAGGAUGAAAGAGAAGUUUGACAAAUAUUGGAAGGAAUAUAGUACAGUUUUAGCUUUUGGAGCUAUUUUUGACCCGCGUUUGAAGCUUGUUUUCUUAGACUUUUGUUACACAAAAAUUGAUCCAUUUACCUCCCAAAAUAAGGUUAAAAAUAUAAGAGAAAAGUUUGAGAAGCUAUAUGAAGAAUAUGCGAGCAAUCUCAAAGGAUCAAGUGCUUCUAAUUCUCAUUCAUCCAUCAAAUCCAAUCUCUUACACAAGUCAAGUGGUGAAAGCAAUAGGUCAAAAAAAUCAAAAUUAUACAUAAGUGAGUUUGAAAGGUUUGAGAAUGAAAGUAUGUUUGUUGGUGUGGCAUCAGAAUCGGCUUUUAGUAUCGGUGGGCGUGUUCUUACCAAAUAUAGAAGUUCCACUCUUCCUGAAAAUGUCCAAAUGUUGAUUUGCACUAGGAAUUGGUUGCAUGGUUUUCUCGAGAAUCUUAAUGAUGAAGAUGAUUCUAAUACUAGUGAUCAUGAAACAACAACAUCACAAGCCAAUGUGCAUCAAGAAGUUCAAAUUGAAGAUUAG